UGGUUAGCUGUUAGCACCACUAUCUUGUUUUUCUUGUAGUCCGGAGCCCCUUCUCCUCAAAUUUGGUUGUUGGGUUUGUAAAUUGUGUAUCAAAUUUGUGGGUUUGGUGGUUUGACGACGAGACUUGAAGGGGCCUAAAAGGGAUUCUGAUUUGCUCAAUUUCUUCCAGGUUCCAGAUUCAUAGGUCUAAUCUAAACCUACUUUGUUUCCAGUUCCCUUGUUUUCAUGCAUGAUCUUUCCACUUAGUUCCCUAUUUGUCUUUUCCUGUGGCCCUUGUUUUAGCUUCUACUAUGUAACUAUGCUCAAGUUCACAUUGAUUUUAGAUCGUUGCAUAUAUGUGUACAAGUGCUUUGCAGAAUAGGCCAAAAUUUUCCUGCUUUAUAUGUAUUAAAUAUGUGUUUUUCUUAUCUUUGUUGAUCUGAUCUAUAAUUCUUGGUUUCAAAGACCCUUCCAAACAGUUAACUUAGAAAACCCUACUUGGUUUGAUUUUUGUAAUGAGCGGUUUGCAUGCUGUGGACCCGUAGUCCAAAAGGUCCAGAGUGAUAGGUUGGUGAGGCACAUGAAUGGUGGACUAGACAAAUCCAACAAGGCUAUUGUCUUCUUGCGAAUAUCCCCUAAUGUGUUUGCUACAAGCUGUUUGUGAUUACCAACUUUCAUUAUUAGAGAAAGUCCAUGUGGCACUCACCCGGGUGGGGAGAAAGAACUGAAAGUAUCUCCCAUUUACAUGAACCUCAGCUUACCUGUCUCAUCUGUGAUUAGGGAAAAUCCAUAUACUCCAUCAUCGGAUAUUACAAGGCUUCUUACCUAUGAAACAUCGCUGUCCUUUGGCCUUUCUUUCAAAACCCAACAAGAAAGAAAGUUAAAAGGAAAAAAUCAAACAUUUUUUUUCCUUUCUGCAGUUUGAAAAUCCAUAAUCAAACACCAAACAACACUGUUAGAAGGAGAUAGGCAAGAAGAUAGGAGAGGGAGAGAAAUGGGUGUAGAAAGAAACACCCCAAAAGCCUCUCCCAAGAAAAAACCUACCACCACCCUUCAGUACCUCUUUGAUCUGGAUUCUAAGAGCAAUGGCAAUGGCCAUUUCAGCAACAGUGGGAAACAAUCUUCUCUGGAUUCCGAAAAUGAAGAGCUCCUCUCUAUCAUCACAUACUGCACCUUUGUCUUCACCUUUACUGAUCCUUCUGAAUCUCCUUCACAGCAAGAUCUCAAGAGGCUCAAGCUCACUCAACUUCUCUCCCUUGUGAAGUCCACAAAGAAGCCACUCCAUGAUCAAAUUUUGUCACAUCUGGUUGCCAUGCUAUCUGCCAACCUCUUUCGCCCCCUCCCUCCAUCUUCCAAUGCCUCUGUCAUCUUUGACUUACCUGAUGAGGAAGACACCGCUUCUACUCCUGCACCUGCUUGGCCACACCUGCAAAUUGUUUAUGAGAUUCUUCUUCGGCUAGUCCUCAACACAGAUGCCAAGGCACUGCGUGAUCAUAUAGAUCAUUCAUUCGUUCUCAACCUCCUCUCCCUUUUCCAAUCUGAAGACCCACGAGAACGGGAAAGCUUGAAGAACGUGUACCACAGGAUAUAUUCCAAGUUCACCUUCUACCGAUCAUUCAUGAGAAAAGCAAUGAAUGAUGUAUUCUUGCACUAUGUUUUUGAGACAGAGCGGCCCUGUGGCAUUGGCGAUCUGCUUGAAAUUUGGGGCAGCAUAAUCAAUGGCUUCACCAUUCCACUCAAGGAAGAGCACAAGUUAUUCUUGAUGAGAGUGCUUAUUCCCUUGCACAAGCCCAAGGGGUUGCAGGUUUACCAUAGGCAGCUGGCUUACUGUGUCUCCCAGUUUGUGCAGAAGGAGCCUGUGCUUGGUGGGAUUGUUGUUCGAGGUAUUCUAAAAUAUUGGCCGAUCACAAACUGCCAGAAACAAGUUUUGCUUGUGGGAGAACUGGAAGAAUUGGUGGAGAUUAUAGAUCCUGAGCAAUAUAGGAAGUUGGCUCUGCCUUUAUUCACCCAAAUCACAAGGUGCUUAAACAGUUGGAACUCACAGGUAGCAGAGCGUGCCCUCUACGUAUUGAACAACGAGCAGUUCAGGAAGAUGGCACAAGAGGCAAUGGACGAGGUGUUUCCAGUGAUAGUUGAAGGCAUGGAGAAGAACCUUAAAUGGCACUGGAGCAAAAGCGUUCGCCAAUUGACACAAACCGUGAAGGUGAUGCUGGAAGAAAUGGAGCCGUGUUUAUACUCCAAGUGUGUAAUAAACCUUGAACUCCGAGAAUCUGCAGCUCAACAAGAGGAGAUCAAAAGAAGAGAGAAAUGGGAAAGGAUUGAACGGGCUGCUGAUGCUGCUACUGCUGCCCAGAAUCAGUUCCUCCAACCACCACAUUGUAUAUGUGUUUCCAACUGAAGAACAAAGCUCAAUAGUCUGUGCUGGCAGUUGUUAUUACUUAUUAUACAUCAGAAGACAAUGGAAACAGACGGAUUUAACAAAAGAAAAUGAAGAAACCGAUACUGGAAUGCAAUGAUUCGUCACGAUUUAGAAGAGUAUUUUGCAUUAGCCCAAGGAUUAUUAUAAUAAUUCCUCUCCUUCCCACUCUGUUUCUCUUCUUUCUUCUUCACACAGUAGGCCCCAACAUGCUCUGGGUUCCUAGUUUCAAUCCACACCUACUUUUGGAGUGACUCUUUUGACUCCAAAGAAGCU